CGCCCCGAUAUUUUCAACAUCUCAACACUCAUACAUAUCCGUCAGUAUUCCUGGUCCCAGAGAGCUGUACCAACCCUCACCGAGCUUCUCUCUCUGGGCGAUCCAUUUCAGCACAGUCGUCUGACAACCCGCAGAUCUCACCGGCUCAAGAUGUCGAGCAACGGCGAAGAAGUCGAGGUUGAGGUUCCUACCUCGAACUACCCUGCGCUACCAAAGGAUGUCCAGAGUCAAGCCGGUAUUGUUCGUCUCUUCGGCCGCUGGGAUUAUUCGGAUGUUGAAGUUCGAGACAUCUCCUUGACCGACUACAUUCAGAUCCGAGCCCCCGUCUACACUCCUCACUCUGCCGGUCGAUAUGCCGCAAAGCGAUUCCGAAAGGCUCAGUGCCCGAUCAUCGAGCGAUUGACCAACUCUCUGAUGAUGAACGGUCGCAACAACGGCAAGAAGUUGAUGGCUAUCAGAAUCGUGGCACACUCUUUUGAGAUCGUUCACAUUAUGACCGAUCAAAACCCCAUUCAAAUCGCUGUCGAUGCGAUUGUCAACUGUGGUCCUCGAGAAGACAGCACCAGAAUUGGAAGCGCCGGUACCGUCCGAAGACAAGCCGUCGAUGUGUCCCCUCUCCGCCGUGUCAACCAAGCCAUUGCCCUUCUCACCAUCGGCGCUCGUGAGGCUUCUUUCCGAAACGUCAAGAGCAUUGCUGAGUGCCUUGCUGAAGAGCUGAUCAACGCUGCCAAGGGAAGCAGCAACUCCUAUGCUAUCAAGAAGAAGGACGAGUUGGAGCGUGUGGCCAAGAGCAAUCGGUAAAGGCUUUACUGGGUUACGGGGUUUCGCAAAAGAAAUUAUGGGACGACAUGCUUUCGUGGUAGUCCAUGCCGAUAUGAUGGUGGAGGUUGCGCACCUAUCAGGCCGUGAUGCAGAGUCGCCCACGGGUCGUCAAGAACUCGGCUGGUCACAGAUGGGAGUGCUUAGAUUAUGGUGACCUGGCAAUCUUGAAACUAUGACAAACUUCAACUGAUAUUCCAACCUGCCUUGUGUCAAGCUGCAUCAAUCUUCUGAC